AUGACUUUUGUUGGUCAUUUGUUGAAUAUUUCGACGGAUGAUGAACUUCCUUUCUAUUCUCAGAUUCUAUUAACAUCUUCCUACUUUCAUCAACAAAAGGAUUCUCAAAAUUUAUCAUCUAAAAACAAUUUCCUUUUCAAAUCUCUUGAUCCUUUAAUAACGAAAUCUGACAUUAAAAACAUAAUCUUACACAGUAAGGAGCUUUCCGAAUAUUUUAACAUAAAAAAUACAAACUUUGAGGUCACUGAGAAGGGGAAUAACUUGUACAAUAUUGAGGCUCUAAAUACGGAUACGACUCUUCCGAAGGUUUUAGAGAUAAAUUACAAACCUUCUGCACACUCUAAUCUCGAUACAUUUUUAAAAAAAAAUGAACAGAGAAAGCCUGUAAGAAUUGAACAAAUUCAAAAAAUGUGUGACGAAUACAUGGCCAAAUAUGAUCUUCAAAAUGAACUAAACAAGAAGCUUAGACAAAAGAAAGUAACGGAUGAGGAAGGAUUCGAACUUGUUACAUCUGGACCUCUCCCAGUGAAGGCUUCUGAUAUAACUACAGCCAAGAAAAAGAGGUCAAGAUGA